UCCUUUCCCCACCCACUUCGGUCGGGGUCAUGAGGGGGUCAUUGGGCCUGGCGAUGGGAGAAGCCUUCGUCUGAGGCACGGGCGGCAGGUUUGAAAAUGUGGGGGGCGCGGAGCCUGGUCUGGGGUCUGGGCCGUGGCUUGCUGCCGAGGACAGGCGGCUGUUCUUACGUUUGUUCAUUGGAGGCCCAGUGCCGAUAUUUACAAACAAGUUUACAGAGGCAGCAAGAAGCAACAGAAAAGGAGAAAGCCUCUACAGAACUAACACAAUCUAGACAGUCAGCAGCAGACUACAGUAUCCUACCACCAAUGCCAGGACAGGAGAGCUCUUUGCAUUGGGAAGGCAAAAAAUAUGAAGAUUUGCACAUAGUGCAUGUCAAGGCAACAUAUAAUAACACGCAUAUUCAAGUUACUACCCACGAUGGGCAGAGCAUGGUGCGGACUUCAUGUGGUACCGAAGGGUUUAAGAAUGCAAAGAAGGGAACCCCCAUUGCUGCUCAGACGGCCGGCAUUUCAGCAGCAGCGAAAGCAAUUGAUCGGGGAAUAAACUUUGUUCGUGUGAUGGUGAAAGGUUUGGGACCUGGCAGGAUGCAGUUCCAAGGCGAAAGAAAACGUUUAUCAAAUGCAUUUUUGAGAUCUCAGUACAUACUUGCUUAACCACCAAUUGUUUGUAAUUUGAAUAAUAUAUCUUUGAAUGUUUAAUGUAUUAAUAUGUCCGUAAGUGUUUAUUGUAUGAUGCACUAUUACACAAAAUAAUUCAGAUAAACAAUUGUACACCAGCAGUUAGAUUGUUUAGAAGCCUAUACCUACUUAGAAAACUAUUGAGUUUUAAAAACUUUAAAACUUCAAACUAAGAUGGAGCAGAAACCUGCCUCAAUUGUUUAAAAAAAAGAAAUAGUGCAUUACAUCUGAAUUUUCCAGCAGUGAAAAUAAUAGUCGUUACACUAACCAUUACAGUACCUUUCCACCCUAUUUUCUUUAAGACAUUCCUUAACACCACCAUCCUUAUUAGAUUUUUUAAUGGCUUUGUGUCAAAUUUUGCUUGAUAAUACUAUUGGCCCAAGUUACUAGCAAUGGGCUUUCCAUAAUAUGGUUAGUUGUAUUACGGUUGGGGAGGGAAGGGUGAGUGUGAUGUUUGGCUAGAAAGAAAUUGAGGACCAUCCAUAUUUGUGAUGAGACUAGAAUCAGAUGCAAGUGAGGUCAGCAGAUUCUUUUUAUUUUAAUUCAGCAAUAUUUUUAUAUCAGAUCUCUUCCAUGGUCUAGUCUGGUAAUAUCAGUACUGCUCCACAACAUUGAGAAAAGCUAUCAACUUCUGGGCAAAUAUUCCCAUCAGUAGUUUAAGAAUUAGUUCAGCUUGACUAUGUUCUAUUUUUUUUAAGUUCUGAAAUCACUCAACAACAGUGAUGUUGCAUCUGGGAAACAAGGGGUGAUAAAGGGGAAAGAACAAAAAAUAUACCUCCGUAUAAUGUGUAAAUCUGAAAUAAGAACUUUACCUAAACCAAGUAUUAGUUCUGUGUUUGAAGACCACUUUCCCUUUUCACUCUAUUACAGUUAGAGUACCAUUUCUCGAGGAAAAAAAUACUAAUUAGAUAGGAAGACUGAGAAAUCAUUCUUGCGGUUUACCAAUAUUAGCUUUGUGUACUAAAUACAUUAACGUGCCGUGGGUGGUGUGAGUGCUUAAGAAAGCAUAAAACAGGAAGUGCAUUCGUCAGAACAAGCUGAUUCCCUCCGCUACCUCCGUGCUUUGGAAAGAAAAAUAAGUCUUUACACCCUAGAGAUGGCUUCUCAGAACACUGCACAUAAACAUUAUUCAUUAUUAUACCCCAGACUGUCCAGAGAUUAAUUCUUAGCAAAUUAACUUACAAAACAUUUAUUUGGUACACCAGACCUGAUGCUGCAUCUACUGAUGGCAUUAGUCUAUUUGCUGUAAGAUCUCACUGUUGUUAGUCUCCAUGUGGACAUUUUCUUCCAACUGGCUUUAGUCCUUAAGAGCUUAAUUUCUUCAGACUUGUUUGAAUGGCCAAUUAGUGGAAUAACCACUGUAUACAGUACUGUAAUAAUUCUAUGUAUUGCACUGUACUGCUGCCACAAAAAAAAUCAUGACAUAUGUGAAUGACGAUAAACUUGAUUCUGAUAUGGGUCUGUAUUGUGGACUGAGAGUGCGAAGAGGACAGCAAGAGGGGAAUUGUAGUUGGGAAAAGGUGAGGGAGCAAGAAGCACCAAAGAGAUAUUCUGUAAAGAUCAAUAAACCAGUUGUUUGGAAUCAAAUUACCUUGCCUGGUGUCUCAGCGCUGAGUCUGCCUUGCACCCACACCGUCCCCUGCCCCUGAACCUCUUUCUCUGCCACCUGUCCCACACACCCGCAGCGGCACUUCACCCUUGCAGUUCCCAACAUUCUUUGAUCCCACCAGAUUUACAAACUCGCUCUCCACUCCACUUUGGCAAAUGCAGUACUGCGCAAAGGUCUUAGGCACCCUAGCUAUAUAUGUUUGUCUAAGACUUUUGCAUGGUGCUGUACCUUUGUAGAGCUAUAGAAAUAUUGGUACCAGGAGAAUAUUUAUUUAGCCCAUUGCCCUUAUUUAUGCUUUUGUACUCUCAUUCCAGUUCCUUUUGUAAUAAUUUUCUCCAAGUGUUUCUUUAAUUCCCUGUCAGUUUAUCUACCUAUCACAACUACUGAGUGCAUUAAAGCCAUAUAAAAGAGAAAAUUGAAGAGGUGUCCUAUUUAAAAGUGUACAUGCAGGACUGAUAAAUGGACAACCUUUUUUUUUAGAAAGAGUUUGGUCUCUGCAUUUUAUAGGGACAUAAAAUGAAAGGAUAAGUAGGCACAUACUCAUGAUGUGAGGUUUCACUGACCUUAUUCCUCCUGCUUGUUCUGUCAAAUCCCUCUUGACAAUGAUAAAGCUUUGUAAUAUUCCGCUCUUAUUUUCUUGAAAGAAUGUGAAGCUUCAGGCCAAAUGAUGGUGGAGAAAAAAUAGGAAGAAACACAGAAUGUGGCACUUGAGAACAAAUGUACACGCACUGGAUGAGAUUUUAAUAGCUCACCAAUUAUAGGCCCCUAUCAAGAAUGUGUGAAGCAUGAUGUCUAACUUGGGCAUUAUUCAAUGGCGCAAGUAUUCUGACCUCCAUAAAUGAUUUUUAUGUGCAUUGUAAAUAACUUACCACUGAGGUCUCCAGUUAAGAAGAGGAUUUUCUGAUUGAUCCUUCCUCAUGUUGUUGAGUGCAUUAUUUCCUGGCUAUUUCUAAUUUGUCUGAUUUGUAGUGAAACUGAUGAUCUGGCACCCUCAAGACUUUAGUAAUGUGGGUCUAUCAGAUUCCACACUUCUGGAUACUCCUCUUGUAAAUGAUACCAACAGGCUUAAUUCACCUUUAUUAGGAUUUAGGGUUCCCAGCCUGGGGUCCACGGACCGCUUGGUGAAUGGUAGGGGUCCAUGGCUUAAAAAAUGUCAGGAACCCCUGAUUUAGAUGUUAGGCACUAGAAUGAUGAACUUUCCAAGGAUAAUUGCAACUUUCU